AUGAUGUUAAAAUUAUGUUUCUUUAUAUUAAUUUUCAGUAAAAUUCAUGGAAAAUUUUUAUCAAAUUCAGAAAGUUCAUCAUUUAUUUUUCUACGACAUAUUCGUUUAUUCACAGAUGAUCAACAAUAUCGUAUUCGAUGUCCAUACAAUUUAAAUAAUAUAAAUAUUCAAUUAUUAAAUUAUUCAAAUGAAAAUUGUUUUAAUUUAUAUUUAGCAUCGAAUAAUAAUGUUUGUAUAAAUCAUUAUCUUCCAUGUCAAUAUCAUGCUAAACCUGUUCAAUUAAAUUGUAAUCAUCAUUCAUAUUCGAAAUAUGUUGAUAUUACUUAUCAAUGUUCAUAUAAAACAACAAUUUCUUCUGAUCUACAACGUAAUACUUUUACUCUAGAAACAUUUUCAUUUCCAAUAAAUUCAUCUAAAUAUGAAGAAAGUAUUGCUUUAUUUCUAAUUGGUAUUAGUAUAAUUAUUAUUUUAUGGAUAAUUAUAUUUUGUAUAUGUUUUAUUCAUUAUCAUCAUAAUAAUGAAGAAUAUGAUUUACUUUCACAACAAUCAUAUACAAAUGAAGAUACAAUUGAUUUUAAUUUAUUCUCUAUGAAAAAUCGUUCGUUUAUUGUUGAUAAUAUUUCUCUUCAUGUCAAUCCAUUCGAAAAUAAUCAUAUCUCGUCAUUAAAAAUAACACAAAUCGUUUGA